UCCCAGAAUCCCUCAUCGCUGGUCAAUACAGCUGAGGCUUCUGGGAGUUGGAGUCCAAAAAGGAACCUGAAGGCCUAAAUGAAGGAAUGAAGGAGACCGUCCUCGCCCUCCAUUCAAGGCUUGGACAUGGAUGUCUUGUUUACUCAAAUCCUGGCCUUGUUGCCAACUCUAUGAUCCGGAAGAGGAAGCGGAAGGUGACCUUCUAGCCGCAACUUCCGCCUCUCUGUGGUUUCCAGGGCGGCCUGCUUGGGCGGUUGUUGGGGUGUCUCUUCCAUGGCUUUCCGCCGCCGGGUCGAGGAGCUGGGCGCUUAAUCGGAGAGUGCCGGGCGGGGGCCCAAGGGGCAGCCGAGCCGAUGGAGCCCCGGAUGGAGACGGAGACUUUGGAGUCGAAGAUCAAUAGAGCUACAAAUCCUCUAAACAAGGACCUGGAAUGGGACAGCAUCAAUGCUUUUUGUGAUCAGCUGAAUAAGGAAUUAGAAGGCCCACCACUUGCAACCCGGCUCCUUGCCCACAAAAUCCAAUCUCCACAAGAAUGGGAAGCCAUUCAGGCCCUCACGGUGCUGGAGUCCUGUAUGAAAAACUGUGGCAAGCGCUUUCAUGACGAAGUAGGCAAGUUCCGCUUCCUUAACGAACUUAUCAAGGUGGUAUCACCCAAGUACCUAGGAACCAGGACUCCAGAGAAAGUAAAAUCCAAAAUCCUGGAGCUGAUGUAUAGCUGGACAUUAGGGCUGCCCCAUGAAGUGAAGAUUACAGAGGCCUAUCAAAUGCUGAAAAAACAAGGGAUUGUAAAAUCUGACCCAAAGUUGCCAGAUGAUGCACCUUUCCCAUUGCCUCCUCCAAGGCCAAAGAAUGUAAUUUUUGAUGAUGAAGAGAAGUCCAAGAUGCUGGCUCGCCUUCUCAAAAGCUCCCAUCCUGAGGACCUCCGGGCUGCCAACAAACUCAUCAAAGAAAUGGUGCAGGAGGAUCAAAAGCGGAUGGAGAAGAUCUCCAAGAGAGUAAACACCAUUGAGGAAGUCAACAACAAUGUCAAGCUUCUGACAGAGAUGGUGACUAACUACAGCAAAGGAGAGACAACGGAGAGCAGUGAGGACCUCAUGAAAGAGCUGUACCAGCGCUGUGAACGCAUGAGGCCCAUGCUUUUCCGUCUUGCCAGUGACACAGAGGACAAUGAUGAGGCACUAGCGGAAAUUUUGCAAGCCAACGACAACUUAACACAAGUGAUCAACCUCUACAAGCAGGUUGUGACGGGUGAGGAGAUCAAUGGUGAGACUCAAGCUGUUCCUCUCCGAGGCAGCACUUCAGCACUUUUGGAUCUUUCAGGGCUGGAGAUGGCAACCCCAAGUCCUUCCUAUCCAGCCAUACCAACCUUCUCAAGUGGUGGCUCAGCAGCUUCUGUGCCAGAGUCAAGCAGCUCGGUCUCUUUGCUGGAUGAUGAACUUAUGUCUCUAGGGCUUAAUGACCCAGCAACUCCUUCAGCCCAGGGUACAGAUAACAGUGGCUGGAACAGUUUCCAGUCAUCUGACAGCCCUGAUCUUGGUGUCCCUUCGGUGCCAGCAGCUUCCACGGGAAAAGCUGAUGCUGGACCGCCAGCGCCUCCUACAGCUACAAGUGGCAUGGAUGACCUGGACCUGCUGGGCAAAACACUGUUGCAACAGUCUCUGCCUCCAGAGUCUCUGCAAGUCAGAUGGGAGAAGCAACCUCUGCCCCGGCUAACACUGCGCGACCUCCAAAACAAAAGCACUUCCAGCCCCCCCAACAAGAACACUUCCAGCCCUUCUGGGGGCACCAGCAGCACCACACCCCUCUUCCCAGGCCUGCCUCCAAACCCUCCUACCACUCUACCCUUGGAGCAGCCAGCACCCAUUGGCAUCCCUCGAGGGUUGCCAACGCCUUCUGGAACCACCGUUCUCCCAACAGGCCUCCCCACUGCCAGCUCCCCACUGGAAUUCUCUCUGGCGAAUGUCACUGUGCCUCUGGAAUCUAUCAAACCAAGUAGUAUCCUUCCUGUGACUGUGUAUGAUCAACAUGGCUUCCGUGUCCUCUUUCAUUUUGCCAAGGACUCUCUGCCUGACCAGCCUGAUGUCUUGGUGGUGGUCAUCUCCAUGCUCAGCACAGCCCCCUCGCCCAUCAAGAACAUCAUCUUUCAGUCUGCAGUACCCAAGGUAAUGAAGGUGAAGCUGCAGCCACCCUCCGGAACAGAACUCCCAGCAUUCAAUCCAAUAAUGCCCCCUGCGGCAAUCACUCAAGUCCUCCUGCUUGCUAACCCACAGAAGGAAAAAGUGAGGCUACGAUACAAGCUGACUUUCACGGUGGCAGACCGGACCUACAAUGAAAUGGGCGAUGUGGACCAGUUCCCCUCUCCAGAAUCAUGGGGCAACCUCUAGUGCUGCCGGUGGUGUGCUGCAUCAGACGUCUAAGGAUCCUGCCUUCCUGGGGCUGGCUAGUACUUUGGACUCUGCUCUCAGACUGGAAAGCUGGCAGUCAGCAGUAUGCUGCUGGUGAAGGAUGGCAGGCAGAAGGGAAAGAAGGGAGAUGCCUGUCUUGGGGUUGGUGGGGCAGGAAUGAUUGAGUGAGUUGUUCUCUAUUCUUCUAACUUGGUUUCUGGGCCCCUGCCCUUAUCUUGAUCUUCCAGCUGCACUUCCCCUUUCAUGGAGUGGUGGUCAUGAUCAGUUGAAGCUGACUCUGAGAAACCAGGCUCCAGGGCCCCAUGCUUUCCUUUCCCAAUGGAGUUAUAUUGGACCUUACACCUUCCCACCCACCUGCUCUUUCACACUUGAGGACAGUAGGUUGAUAGUUAGGGUGAGGGCAUUUGCUUUUUCCCCGGUUUCCAGCAAAACUGCACUAGGAGGCCUAGUUGGACCAUUCAUGCUUCAAUUCACAUAGCUUGAGGCUUUCAUGAUUUGGGUCUCUUUUGCUUAUGAUGUCUUUAUCCCUCCAGGGCUGCAUAAUGGGUGCAGGCUAAUGUCCCUCAUGCUUACUGAGCCACAGUCAGCGGAGUACGCGACUGAGCAAAUAGGAUGGGCAAGAAGGGGUGGUAUGUAGUGUGCCUAGUCGAAGAUGCCUUACCUGAAAAGAGGAGGUGUAGUAGCUGUAUUGUGCAAUUGUAAGAAGGAUGUUUGGGGACAGUUCAGUCCCAUACUUUCCUCUGCUUGGGAGAGACAGAGGGUGCAAUGAGGCUGUGUUCAGAGAAAUGGAUUCCACUUUGUGAACUGUGUCUACUACAUUGUACAACAUAAAGCUCCACCGCCUUUUGUGGAUUUCAGUAGCCCAGCCUCUAUGGCCCUCCAGGAAGCAAUACUGGGAGGAAAGGUGUUACCAGAACCAUAUCUAUUCCCCCUCAAAUUAUGGCUGCCUCCUCUUUCAGUUGCUCCCAAGAGCUGUAUGGCUAGCAUGGCCUCAUCAUGAGCAAAGUACAUAUGGAAAUGCCCUGGAGUGAGGAUUCAUCGAGUUACUUGACAGCCUACUCCUCAGGAGUCAGGAUUAACCUUUGUGGGCAAAUAGUGGGCGGGACUAUGGUAGAGAAGGAUAUUUUUACCCACAUGGGUCCUGCCUCACAUCUGACGGUGACAGCCUGUGUUUUGGUGGGAAGGCCUUUCUGAAGUGGGAAUCUGCUGCAACUGGAUACCUUUACUCUCUGGUUAUCUUUGCCCUCUUUUUCUCUCUCUAGAUUUGGAUCAGUUUGGUUCUUAAAACAGACUUUGUAAAUAUAUAUAUUUUGGUGCACAUUCUUGCACAUGGAAAAGGACUUUAAAAUAGACUGUGUGAAAUCUGCUGUACUAAUGGGAAAUAAAAAGAAUUCUUCCCGGAAA